UCGUUUCCGUCUCCGGCGGACAUAUUGCUUACAAGAGCAAAUUCUCGAAAAGCUAAGAAGUGUCAGAGGACUUCAGCUCGAAUUAAACCUUCACGACUUCACAUUAAACGCCACACUCGACACGAUGGAGCCGUCAGCCAGUCCGGCCAAGGAUAACUACCGGAUGAACCGCUACAAGAACAAAGCACUGAACCCCGAGGAGAUGAGGCGCAGGAGAGAGGAGGAGGGCAUCCAGCUCCGGAAACAGAAGCGAGAGCAGCAGCUCUUCAAGAGGAGGAACGUCGACGUCCUCAAUGAAGACGAAACCAUGUUCGAGAGUCCGCUGGUGGACUCGUACCUCAGCUCGCCGGCGACAGAAGGAGUCAUUACCAGAGACAUGGUAGAGAUGCUCUUCUCUGAGGACCCCGAGCUUCAGCUGGCCACCACACAGAAGUUCAGAAAGCUGCUUUCCAAAGAGCCAAACCCUCCGAUCGAUGAAGUUAUAAACACACCUGGAGUCGUGGAAAGGUUUGUGGAGUUCCUGAAGAAGAGCAUCAACUGUACACUACAGUUCGAAGCCGCCUGGGCGCUCACCAACAUCGCAUCGGGAACGUCUCUACAGACCAAGACGGUGAUCGAGGCCGGAGCGGUGCCCAUCUUUAUAGAACUGCUCAACUCCGACUUCGAGGACGUCCAGGAACAAGCUGUGUGGGCUUUGGGUAAUAUAGCCGGGGACAGUGCAGUGUGCAGGGACUACGUGCUCAACUGCAACAUCCUUCCACCACUAUUGACACUUUUGACCAAAUCGGCGAGGUUGACCAUGAUCAGAAACGCAGUCUGGGCUCUGUCCAAUCUGUGUAGAGGGAAAAACCCUCCUCCUGCUUUUGAAAAGGUGUCGCCCUGCCUGCCCGUCUUGUCCAGGCUUCUGUUCAGCUCGGACCCAGACCUGCUGGCAGACGCCUGCUGGGCCCUGUCCUACCUCUCCGACGGCCCCAACGACAAGAUCCAGGCGGUCAUCGACUCGGGCGUGUGCCGGCGCCUGGUGGAGCUCCUCAUGCACACAGACUACAAAGUGGCCUCGCCUGCUCUGAGAGCAGUGGGAAACAUCGUGACCGGAGACGACAUCCAGACACAGGUGGUGCUGAACUGCUCGGCCCUGCCCUGCCUGCUCCACCUUCUCAGCAGCGCCAAAGAAUCCAUCCGCAAGGAGGCGUGCUGGACCAUCUCCAACAUCACGGCGGGAAACAGAGCGCAGAUACAGACGGUAAUCGAUGCCAACAUCUUUCCGGUGCUGAUUGACAUUCUUCAGAAAGCCGAGUUCAGAACCAGGAAAGAGGCGGCCUGGGCCAUCACCAACGCCACCUCUGGAGGAACACCGGAGCAGAUCAGGUAUUUGGUGAACCUGGGCUGCAUUAAACCUCUGUGCGACCUGCUGACCGUCAUGGACUCCAAGAUCGUUCAGGUGGCCCUGAACGGCCUGGAGAACAUCCUGAGGCUGGGCGAGCAGGAGGCCAAGCAGGAGAACAGCGGCUCCGGGGUCAACCCGUACUGCAGCCUCAUCGAAGAAGCUUACGGUCUGGACAAGAUCGAGUUCCUCCAGAGCCACGACAACCAGGAGAUCUACCAGAAGGCCUUCGACCUCAUCGAGCACUACUUCGGCGUGGAGGACGAGGACAGCAGCCUGGCCCCCCAGGUGGACCAGGCCAACCAGCAGUUCCUCUUCCCCCAGCAGGAGGCCCCCAUGGAGGGCUUCCAGCUAUAAGUCAGCCCCCCUCUUUCCUCUGAUCUACACCACUCACCCCCUCCGUACCUCCCAAAUGUCCCCCCUUUUUUCCAUUGGAGGAAAGUUAAAAAGAAAAAAAAACUGUCACGCCCCCCCCCCCCCCCCCCCCUCCCCCCCCCCGUUGAGCCGACCUCCUCGGCUUCAAAACGCACACGCCCGCACACACCUUCCUGCCACGGGACGGCCCGCCGGCCUCCCCCCGUUGGCAGUUACAACGGUUAACAUCUUCAGACACAACUUGUUGAUUUGUCUCUCCGAUGGGACGCUCCUCCGCUGGGGGCGCCCGGGGCGACGGCGCGCCCGAGGUAAAAACACGCCCGGCUCUUGAUGUCAGUCAGACAAAAAGAAACGCUCUCGACGUUCUCGAUCAGUUUCUCCUUCCUGCCCUUAUUUAUCUGCUUCUUUUCCUCGGUCUUCGUCGUUUUCGUUUGAAGAAGCUCUCUUAGAUUUAGGGCUGGUCUCUCUGCAUAUCUGCUGAUGACAAUUUAUUCUCUUCAUGGGUGGUUUAGAGGCACAAACAUCCACCCUGGUUUAUUGGAGGGGGG